AUGGACCCCGAACCCGAAGAAGGCUUCCUCGUCCCUCACACCACCAUGGGUCACGAAGCGGCCGCCUACUUGACUUAUAUCGUCACCAACUACGAUCAACUCCCUCCCUACACCAUCUUCGUUCACGCCAAUGAUGACCAAUGGCACAACGAACUCUUUGGUCCCAAAACCACGACCGCCCUCCGUUUCCUACGAUAUGAGUCGGUGGAUGCAAAUGGAUUUGUCAACUUACGUUGCACGGGUAUACCAGGCUGCCCCAACACUCUGAUUCCGGUCCAUCGCGAACCCGUUGACGACGAAUAUGCCUACGUGUCCGACAAAUUUUUCGAGCUUUACUCGUAUCUUCUCCAAAUACCCAUGGAUCAGGUCCCACAGGUCGUUGGACACUUGUGCUGUGGACAGUUCGUGGUGACAAGAGAUCAGAUUCGCUCUAGGCCUCGUGAAGAUUACGAGCGUAUCUUGACGUGGGCGGCGACGACGGAUUUCACCGAUAGUUAUGGUAUCGGCUGGACGAUUGAGAAGAUUUGGCAUGUCUUGUUUGGCCGGGAGCCAGUCGACUGUCCUCGUCUGGAACAGUGCAGAUGCGACAACUACGGAUGGUGCGGUCCAUUACCCGACGGCGAGAUUUUGAUACCCAUCAUGCCUUAA